UGUACGAACUCCCCAUAAGUAUAGGUGUAUCCAUCUAGUGAGUUUUACUUGUUGUGAACUUUCGCUACAGGCAGACUGUUUAGGCGCUUGAUUCCGUUUGCGUUUUUUCUUAUAUUUAUAAAUCGUGACAAAUUUAUAAAAUUUAAAAAUUUCAAGCACAUUUAAAAUGAGCUUUAAUUUUGGUAUUUUGAUCAUUAUAAUAACUAUAAUAGCUUGUGUUAAAGCUGAGCAUGACGAUACCAAUGCUGGUGAAAUCCGAGUCUUCAAACGACUUAUUCCGGCUGAUGUUCUGAGAGAUUUUCCGGCGAUGUGUUUUGCUUCCACUCGAUGUGCUACUGUAGAGCCCGGAAAGUCUUGGGAUCUCACACCGUUCUGCGGUCGAUCUACUUGCGUACAAAAUCAGGAAAACGAAACUAAGCUUUUAGAACUUGUAGAAGAUUGCGGCCCAUUGCCCUUAGCGAAUGACAAGUGUAAAUUGGAUACUGAGAAGACAAAUAAAACCGCUUCCUUUCCUUAUUGUUGUCCCAUUUUCACAUGUGAGUCUGGUGUUAAAUUGGAGUACCCCGAAAUUGGAAAGGACAACGACAACAACAAAAAUUAAUUAACUUUAAAAAUUAUAUUUCUUGCGAAAAAUAACUAACAUGUAACAUAAUUUUUAAAUACAUUUCUUGCUUUAGUCAGAAAA